AUGUCGGAAGCGUACGCAGGCAAGUCUGAUCAGCAGAUCAUCAACGAGCAGUUCCAGGAUUUGGACAGCAAGUCGGACAACCGUCUGAAGGACUCGUUCAAUCCCAAGACGACCGUGACCUCGGAGGAGUCCGGUGUCAAUGAGUCGGGUCUGGAAAAGUUCCCUGGCGCCUCGGUCAGUGUCGGUCGCACCGGACAGACGGGCGGCGGUACCAACCCGCAGAACAUCCCUCCCGAGGAAGGUGGCGACGGUCGCAGCCAGCGCACGGGCGAGUCGAGCAUUCGCUUCGAGGGCACGGGCGGUCCGGAAGACAAGAAGUUCGAGGCGCUGCGAGACAACCCUGGUGGAUUCGAUGCCAAGCCUCGUGGCAUCGACGAGAUGCGACAGGCCCAGCUUAACGAGCCUGUCCCUAGGACCGAGCCGCAGAGGCUCGAGGCUGACCAGGAGGCCACGGCCCGCAGCCACGUGAUCAACUCGUGA